AUGAACAUUGCAAAUUCAAGGUCUCUGAAUAACCUGCAAUUAUUGAAAUACCUUCGUAGCUAUAGUAGGCCAAUCUCUACUUCAUCUCCGUCUUCGAUUCUCAAUCGGUCCCCACUCCUGUCCAAUCACCUCUCGCCUCUCCCCUCACUGUUCUCCACCUUCGUCCGUCAUAUCCGUACCAACCGCGGCGAUCCAAGCCUCAGACAUGACAUUCCACCUCCAAUUAAUUGGGGAGUACAAAUUGUUCCGGAGAAGAAGGCAUACGUCAUCGAGCGGUUCGGAAAAUAUGUGAAGACGUUGACUCCCGGAAUCCACAUCUUGAUUCCAUUCGUUGACCGUAUAGCCUACGUGCAUUCCCUGAAGGAAGAGGCCAUUCCGAUUCCAGACCAGUCUGCUUUCACAAAGGACAAUGUCAGCAUUUUGAUUGAAGGAGUUCUGUAUGUGCAGAUUGUAGAUCCGUGGUUAGCGUCUUACAGAGUUGAGAAUCCCUUGUAUGCAGUUAUGCAGCUUGCACAGACAACUACGCGCAGUGAGCUUGGGAAGAUCACUCUGGAUGAGGCUUUCGAGGAAAUAAAUACUUCGAAUGAGAAGAUAGUGAUGGCCAUCAAUGAUGCGGCAACAGAUUGGGGCCUGAAAUGUCUGCGUUAUGAAAUAAGGGAUAUAUCUCCUCCUUGGGGAGUGAGGGUGGCUAUGGAGAUGCAGGCGGAAGCAAAGCGCAAAAAGAGAACUCGGGUUCUUGAGUCAGAAGGAGAAAGGCAGGCAAACAUUAAUAUUGCAGAUGGGAGAAAGAUCUCAGCCAUCCUUGCAUCAGAAGCUGCAAAGAUGGACCAGGUUAACAGAGCUCAAGGAGAAGCAGUAGCCAUCCUUGCUAGAGCGCAAGCAACUUCCAAAGGAAUUGCUAUGGUAUCACAGACACUGAAAGAACAUGGGGGUGUGGAGGUUGCAUGUUUGAGAAUUGCUGAGCAGUAUAUUCAAGCCUUCAGCAAGAUUGCAGGGAAGGGCACAACAUUAUUGCUUCCUACUAGUGCUUCCAAUCCUGCCAGCAUGAUGGCUCAAGCGCUUAGUUUAUACAAAAGCUUAAUUGGCAACAAUUCUGGUCAUAAGCUUCCAAAACAUCAAGGUUGA